CCGAGACGCAGCGCCGUCACCGCUCCGACGUGUCCACGGACUGCUCAAACUUCUAUAGGUGUGUGCGCGCGCGCGCGUGUGUGUGUGGAAGGGGGUGAGAGGCGCGCACACUUCCGCCCAGAUAGCGGAUUGAAUUUACGCUCUCUGUUGUUAUCCUUUUCUCCUCCUCCUCCUCUGGUUUCGUGUUUCAAAGCCCUGGGAGGGAGUUUUUACGCGCAGCCAGUCCGUCCGUGUGCAAACUGAAUGACAGGAUCAAAUGGCUCCGCAGCGCUGAUAUUCUUUAAAAAAGAGAUAAAACAGGGUGAAAUCUGAAAGGACGUGGGAUAAAUUCGAAGUAAAACUGAACGUCAAAGCGGAGGUAACGGAGGAGGACACGGAUUCUGGAUCUGCCGUCGGAGAAAAGAAAGCGCAGGACGCGCAAAUCACCGCAGCAUCGUCGGAGCAAUAAGACGAUCCACUGGUGCUGUUUCAACACAAAUCAAAUCAUAUUAACGAGGCUGCCAAGUGCCGGCGUUCUCUCUGGAGGCCACCGAUCAUCUGAUUGAUACCCCGACCCAUCACUCAGCACCGAUUCUGCAGCCUCUCAGCAACUGGGAGGUGCCACAGGAGUCAUGGGCGGGCCAAAGGUCUUGCUGCUGCUGCUUCUGGUUGGAUGGGAGAAGUCAGCGUGUCUCAACUGGAACCCAGUCCCACGCAAGACUUUUCGAUACCAUGACAUGUUGGACAGCAUGGCGAGGUUCAGCGUUCAGGGCGUGUCCAACUACAGCAUGUUGACUCUGUCUGACCAUGAGAGGGUUUUGUACGUCGGGGCUCGGGAAGUACUGUUCGCUCUGGACCCGAACGAUAUUAGAAUACAGCUACGGCCACAGAUUGACUGGCCAGCUCCUCAGGAUAAGAAGCGCGAGUGCGUUGCAAAGGGGAAGAACAACCAGACCGAGUGCUUCAACUACAUCCGUUUCCUGCAGAGCUACAACCACACACAGCUCUACACCUGUGGCACAUACGCCUUCCAGCCCAAGUGCACCUUUGUGAACGUAGAUGAUUUCACCCUCAACACUGCCGCCCUGGAGGAUGGGAAGGGAAAAUGUCCCUAUGACCCGGCUAAGGGCCACACUGGCUUGAUAGUGGAUAAAGAGCUGUACUCAGCGACCCUGAAUAAUUUCCUCGGUACGGAACCCGUCAUUCUGAGGAAUCUGGGUCAGCAACACCGCAGUAUGAAGAGCGAAUACUUGCCCGCCUGGCUGAAUGAGCCGGACUUUGUGGGUUCAGCCCUGGUAAGGGAGAGCAGCGGCAGCAAGGAUGGAGACGACGACAAAAUCUACUUCUUCUUCAGCGAGCGAGCGCUGGAGUUGGACUGUGACACUGAGCUCACUGUGGCCAGAGUCGCCCGUGUCUGCAAGGGUGACGUGGGUGGUACCAGAACCCUACAGAAGAAGUGGACUACAUUUCAGAAAGCUCGUCUGGAGUGUUCACUCCCUGAACGCCACGUUGCAUUCAACAACCUGAGGGCUGUGUUUACACUGCCGGGGCAGGACUGGCGGGGAACCACCUUCUACGGUAUCUUCCACGCCCAGUGGGGCGACGUGGAUGUGUCAGCUGUGUGCCAGUACCAGAUAGGUGACGUGAAGAAGGUGUUUGAAGGGUCUUACAAGGAGUACAGAGAGUCAUCACAGAGAUGGGGGCGCUACACCGGCACCGUCCCUGUCCCGCGGCCUGGAUCGUGCAUAACUAACUCGGACAGGGAGAACAGCUACAACAGCUCCCUGCAGCUGCCUGACGCUACGCUCAACUUUGCCAAGAAACACCCACUGAUGGAGGACAAAGCUCUAGCUCGCCCCCUGAUGCUCACCAAGGGCAUCAAUUUCACCCGGCUGGCAGUGGAUCGAGUUAAUGCGCUGGACCAGCGGGCGUACAACAUGCUCUUCAUUGGCACAGCGGACGGCUGGCUCCAAAGGGUGGUGAUCCUCAACACCGAGGCCCAUGUCAUUGAGGAGAUCCAGCUGUUUGAAAUGACCCAGCCAGUGGACAGCUUAACCAUCUCACACUCCAAGAAGUAUUUGUACAUCGGCUCCCGGUCGGAGGUUCUCCAGCUGCCCUUAGCCAAUUGCAGCCGCUAUCAGUCUCAGCCAGACUGUCUGCUGGCCCGAGACCCGUAUUGUGCUUGGGACAGCGAGGGUCGAGCCUGCGUCCGCAUUGACCUCCACCGUGGGUCCACUUCCUCUCUGUCACAGGAUCUCAUGCUGGAGAGGUUCAGCAGGGGCAAGCCCAAGUUUGAUAAACCUGUCUCCAUCCCCAGCCCUGAGCACUUGCGUCUUCGCAAUGUAACUGUGGUAGUGGGAUCAGACAUGGUGCUGCCUUGCCAGCUGGUCUCCAAUCUGGCUCAGCCCUGCUGGGUUCUCAACGACCGUGAACUCCAACUCGGUGACCCGGAGGCUGGCGGGCCUCGAUUUGAUCGAACGCUCAAGGCACUUGUGGUACCUGACGCAGGGCAGAUGCAAGCAGGUCGCUACAUCUGCUAUUCUGAGGAGCAGGGUGUCAAGUUCCAGACAGAGCGCUACCAGGUGGCUGUCGUGGCCAGUGCUCCGGUCUUCAUGGAGGCUCGAGCCCCCGACAGCAGCAUGGGGCUCUUCUGGGUACUCGUCAUCACUCUGGGAGCAGCCUGCCUGCUGCUUUUGGUGGUUGCCCUUUACUUGCGGAGGAGGCUGAAGCUAGCUUUAGGAAAAGGGGCUGACAUGAAGCCCCUGGAGAGCACCCUCGUCUACCCCAUCACCCUGCCAAAAGAACCACCCACUUUUGUGCCCAGCAAGAUGCCAAGCGAUGAAGACCGCUUCUGGGAAACAGGCGCCAACUACUACUACUCAGACGGCUCCCUGAAGAUCGUUCCCGGUCACGCCCUCGGGCCCAGCAGCGUCAGCAGCACGGCGACACCCAGCACCAUUCCCGGCCAGCCCAUCCACUCCCCCAGCCGUCUCAGCCUCACCAACAUCCGAGGCUCCGGUAGCAACGGCUACAUUCGCCUCAACCUGAGCACAGCAGGGGAGGAGAGGGCUAGCGGGGCUGGCGCUGGGGGCGGUGGGCUAGGAGGCCUGGGCAUGGGCGGGAACGACUACUCCAGCCCCUUCAAGGAAGAGCUGAGACGCACUCUGCAGCAAAGAAGUGUGCUGCCUGACGCCAACCCAGAGGAGUCAUCAGUCUAGGCUUGACAGCCACCUCCUCCAUUCCCAGAGUUGGAACAUCUAAACAACCAACCUACCUCCUUCCUUUUGAGGACGCCUGCUCUCUCUCUCUCUCUGUCAGUGACACGCCGUCAGCUCCUCCAGACAUUUUUCUCUCUCGCUCUGCCAAUGCCUGUUUGGCCCGCUGUUAACAUUUAAAACACAGCAUGUUAAAUGUUUCCACUGGCACACCGUGUUUGCCAACAUUCAGUCUUAGAAUAAUGUUGUUCUGGACACCAUGAGGGUCAUGACUGAUUUUUUUAUUUUAUUUUUUUUUAUUCUUCCACUGUGCAAAUGCAACCUGUGUAAAUUUUGUAUUUGGAGAAAAAAAAAACUGAAAAACUGACUGCAGAGAACACGUCAAGCAUGGAACUCAAGGAAGUGGCGUUAGAGUUUUGCGAAGGGAACUUUUUAAACCAAGAUUUCGCCUUUGUAGCAAAACCAGAGACAAAGAGCAAGUGCAGUUGCCAGUGUUCUGUUCCUUUGAGACUUUUUCAUCUUACAGCGCUUGAAACUGGAAGUGCGUCUUUUGACUUUUUUGUAUUUUGUGAGCCAAGAGAAUGAGAGCAGUAUAAAGAGACUAACUAAUCACAAGGCAAGAUGACAAUCACGUCCUUAACUGUGCAUGGGACAGAAAGGAGAGAGAGAGAGAGAGAGAAUUGGAGUGAAAGAUAUAAGGGGUUUGUGAUUGAAGGACAAUCUCUCAAACCUCUUUUCUGCUCAAUUUGUUUUUUCCCUCACUGUGUUGUAUUUGCCCCUGGAGAAAGUCCUUGAUCCCUUCCACUUAAAGUUGUUUAGAUGGUUGAAUUAAGACGUUUCUUCUUUGUUGUUUUUCUGUGUCUUUCCGAUUACGUCAGUGUUCAAGUGAUCAUCAGUGACGGCCGGCUCCUCCCUGUGAAUACCAAUGUGAGGACAAGUGUUUUUAGUCCCCACUUUGCCCCUUCACACUGACCUUCAAAGCCUGUAUAUUACACUCCAAAAAUCACAUUUCUUAGUCACAAAUCCAUUUUUGGUUGAGCCCAUUCAGACAUUUUUGUUCCCCACUGCAAUCAGAGGAUGUCAGAGGUUAAUUUGCAUUCAGCUCUGAGACGCCAGACAAUAUCUGCACACUUAUUGCUGAACUGAGGAUGACGUUGUUGGCGCUGAGAAUGUAGUUGAAGCCUCACUGCUGUGGCCGCUGUGGAUGUCUCAAUAAGUGCAUUAAUGUGUUUGGUGAGGACAGUCAAGAAGGAAACCCCACCUGUUCACACACCCAUACACACACUCACACACACUCAGUCCUCUAAUCGCUGACCAUCCCGGACAACUGUGUGUUUGUGAUGGACCCGUAUCUUCUACGAAACCCCACCCUCAUACCGAUGCCCAGAGACUGACUUGGGGCUACUGUGGACACAAACAGAGGAAGCGCACCGGAGAAUGCACCAACACCCACCGUGCUGAUGGACAAAUGAGGAAACAAAUAAAUGACAAAAGAGACUGAUUGCUGCCCUGCUGACACACUUGAUGGCUACCAGGAGGGAAGCAGCUGUGAAGCAAAAGGGAUGCUGUUUUUGGAGGCGGACUGCAUGAAGGAAGGACAAAAAUGAUUUGUACCCUCUGUGUACAGAAAGACUUAGAAUAUGAAAAUGAUCUUGAUCUUGAAGAGGGACUCGGCCAUUGGCACUUCAUUGUUGCAUGAUCCGCUGCAAAUGCACUGUACAUAUUUGAUAUGUUCAUCCUUGUAAAAGUGCUUCAUUUUGAUGGAUCAUUUUUUGGACUUUUACAGAAACUAAUGUCUCUCUGAAAAAAAAAGUCAGAUUUUAUGGUUCAAGGAUUUGUACAGAAACUCAUGGUUGCAUUUCAACAUGUUUACUUUUUUUCUGUGCCUCUUCACCUUUUGUAUAAGCCAAAGCAGACUGCAGUUGCUUUUUUUUUUUUAAAUAACAAAUUACUUUUGUUUCUGGAGUUAGUUAAUAUUUAAAUCUCAGCAGUCCGUCCACUUUGUUACACUGGCUUGAUGUGUGCAGCUUUUCUGCAUAUUUUACCUUCAGCUAAAUUGUCCCUCAAGCAAAAAAAAAAAAAACAAAAGGCUUCAGGCUUGAGGACUUCAUGUUUGCUUCCUGUUUACAUGUCCGCUGUGAUCUGCUGGAUCCGAUCCUUGAUCCCCGUCAGUGCAUGAACAGCUUCGUGAUGCACCAAAACUCUGAGACUCAUUGGAUUUAGCAGCCCCCUGGAAAGCAGAUUGUUGGUUUACAGCAAAUCAGUGCGGGAACGCGCUCACAUUGUGGCGCUAAUAAACCAUUUUGUACCCUGAGGACUUCCCUCCAGCAGAUUGCUGAAACCUGUUGCUACUUACACUGGUACUCGGUUAUGUCUUAAUAUGUCUUUUCUUUGACUAUGAAGCUUUUCUUUCAGUCAAAGCUUUGGCAAAAACUGAAAAGACUUUAAAAUCAGGUCUGAAGCUCAAAAAUAGCUGCAUGUGUGAAAUAUUUUGUGUGCAUUUAUUCUGGUUCUGCUCACAAAUUUCUUUGCUCAUGUUUUUUUCCUCUUUUGCUUCUUAUUUGCAGUGUGAUUUCUGGUUUUGUUUCUUGUAUCUGCCCGAUGUUAGAUUGCUUUGUUUUUAAAGUAUGUUAAGUAACUUAUUUCACUUGUACAAACAUACUGAUAUUUAUUAUCAUUGUACAUAUGUCCUUAUUUUUUAUAUGUGUAUAUAAACACAAAUAAAAGCAGAUCAAAUC